CUGGAAUGUCGUCUUGCCGACCCCUCCAACCACAUACGUCACCGGUUGUGUUGCUCGCAUUCCCACUGUUUUCAGUUCAUCCACGCACGAUCACAGCUUUGCUUCAUUCACAUUCCUUUUUGUACACAUUCAGAGCUUGCUAGAAGUGCGUCUGACUCAAAAUACACCGGUACUUGAAGAUAGUCAAAGAAAUCCUCAAAAACAUCCUCCAUCAUGAAUCGCGCCCUUUCCAUCCGAUCCCGCAAGAAGGACGACCAUUCCAAAGAAGCUUCCAAGCACACCUUCUCCAUUUCCACCCUGCGCGGCAUCCAACAAGCCGAGCUCUCCAAGAAGCUGUUCAAGCUCAUCAAAACCGAGAACCAUGCUAUUGGAGCCUAUGAAACCGCAGGUCGCGAACGCCUCUCCAUUGCUUCGCAGCUGUCCGACUGGGGCGAGUCCACUGGCGACGAAUCUAUCUCGGACGUUUCGGACAAAAUCGGUGUGAUUCUUUCUGAGAUAGGAGAACAGGAAGAUCUAUUUGCGCAAAACUUGGAGGACUACCGUUCCGUUUUGAAGCAGAUUAGAAACAUCGAGUCAAGCGUACAACCGAGCAGAGAUCAAAAGGCCAAGAUCAGCGACGAAAUCCAGAAGCUCAAGUACAAAGAACCCACAAGCCCAAAGCUAGUCACUCUCGAGCAGGAACUCGUGAGAGCUGAGGCUCAGAACUUAGUUGCCGAAGCUCAACUUACGAACAUUACACGUCAAAAAGUCAAGGAGGCCUUCGACAUCAACUUCGCCGCCACGAUUGAGCGAGCCGAGAAGCAGAUCAUUCUCGCCAAGUAUGGUCGUCGUCUGCUGAACCUACUUGACGACACUCCCGUGGUGCCAGGAGAUGUGCGCCAGCCUUUCGAGCAUGGUGCCGAGGCCAGAACGAUUUUGGCCGACGCAGAACAAGACCUGCAAGCAUGGGAACCCCAACUUGAGCCCAUUCACUCGAACGCGGGAGGGCUAGGAACGGGUGCCAUGCCCACAGGAGAGUCAAGCACUCGAGCCACCUCCGAGGCCCAUGGUGAAUCAUCACUAUAUGCUGCUGCUACAACCGAGAAGCCCGCAGCCGAGUCACAGGGAACACACUUGGAAGCAGCGACCGCUUAGAAGGUGGAAACCUGGAGCGCGGAGCAGAGACUGGAACGGGAAAGAGGUGGUGACUGACAGGCAUGUGGUCUUUGGUGUUAUCUUCCUCGCGUAGUGAUAUGAGAUCGGAGGGGCAGCAAAGGGGGAAGAGGGGGAGGGAAGUUAUAGAAGCGACCCUGGAGCAGACUGGCUUUAUGGUUGGUUGUACUCGUACUGGCCCGAGGAAUUGAUUACUUUGCUUUUGAUAUCCCUGAAUACAGUAUUCUUAUUAGUUUA